CUUUGUUAGAGAGCGUCGUUAUAAAAGAAAGUGUUUAGAGCAUUGAUUCCACACCCCCUUCAUACCCCUCUUCGGAAAUGGAAUUGUCCAAUGCGAACAUGAAGAAGAUCAUUGUUGAACUCCUCAUUCAACCAUUUUGUCACGCAACGCUCAUCCGGCUCUGAUCACUGUCUUGUCCUUGUUCUGGAAAGAAAUUGUUCCAUGUCUCGUACUGCACAUGACAUAUCGGCCGGGAAAUUCGUGAGAUCUUAGGUAACGUGUGGUUGUUCCAUCAACUGUGCUUGGGGAAGAUGAUAGCUGUCGAAGAACAUGGCAUUCUGGACUGAAGCGACCAAUACUGAGAUGUUUUCGACGGUACAAAGUAAGGAAUGGACGGAUCGGCCGUUUGAACCAGCGAUGACCAUUAAUGCCUCAACUUUUGGGCAGGUGGAGACCGACGAGGAUUCGGUCAUGUCGAGCAGUAUCGCGACAAUGGCUUCAUCGUGGAACGCUUCUUUGCCGGACAAUGUCGAACUGUUUGAGUUCACUUUUGAGAACUGUCUUUUCAUCGUCCUUGCAUCCUUGAUGUCACUAACCACGGUUCUUGCGAAUGUGAUCCUCAUCAUUCUUAUGAGCGUAGAUGCAAAAUUACGUCGGUACAGCAACUAUUACAUCAUCAGCCUUGCAUGCGCCGACCUUGUUGUCGGGAUUUUUGUUAUUCCAAUGUUCAGUCUCUACACCAUCUUAGGAAGAUGGCCUCUGGGGUCUAUCGUCUGUGAACUCUGGAUCAUCAUCGACUUCUCGUGCGUCUCAGCCUCUGUCUUUAGCAUAUGCAUGAUAUCCGUAGACCGUUACUGGGCGGUCACGCAGCCUCUAAAGCAUCUCAAAAGGCAACGCAGGAAGAGGUCGCUGUUGAUCGUUUGUGCCAUCUGGAUCCUGGCAGGGUUAUGCUGGAUUCCUGGUGUGUUGGCACACAGAUUUAUCUUGGGUAGCUUCGCGGUAGAUUCCGCUUGUCUGUAUCUACCGGGUUUUACCUACACCCUGCUUUCAAAUACCAUCAUUUUCUUUUGUCCGAUGGUAGUGAUGGUUUGUCUUUACGCCAAGAUGCUGUAUGCAUUGAAGAGACAUCUGCGUAGCUUGACUGAAGCAACGAUGAUGGAAUCAGUAGAUCCUACGUAUGCAAGGACAUUCUGCUGUUGCAGGGAAACCAUCAAUCCUGACUCCACGCUGGCCGUAGAUCACACGCAAUCGUCAAUAUCGACCAUAUCUUUCUCAAUAGAUUCAUCCCCUACAUUAGAUGUCAUCAACACCAUAGGCAGACACAUGGGAGCAACUCAUUCUAACAGCACUAGCUCUGAGACACUGGGGACAAAUGCGUUUGAAUCGACGAGUCGCUAUCCUGGCAACGGAAGCUCUACAAAUAAUCCUGCGCCACCAUCCCGUGUGCUUCAGGAGACACAUCUGACGCAAAAACCUUUAAAAUUUACAAAAAAUGCUUACAGUAACGGUCUGAGAGCUGAGCGGGUCCAUCAACGUCAUCUUGCGAACAAUCGUCUCCAUCAAAGAACAGCCCAAACUCUGGGUAUCAUCGUUGUCUCCUUCGUACUAUGCUGGAUUUUCUUCGUGAUUCUCUUUCCCGUCAAUUCAUACUGCGAUUGCGUCCCGUUGUGGCUCUACGACAUGUCCUACUGGCUGGCCUACAUGAACUCCACGCUAAAUCCUUUCUUGUACGGAUUCAACAAAGACUUUAGAAGAGCUUUUCGGAGAUUAAUUUGCCCUUCUAAGAAGUCUGAAAGUAAUUCAUUCUCCAAUUAAGGUCACUGGACAUCUGAAGAUAUGACUUAUAUGGAUUUUGAAAGAAAUUGCAAUAAGAGUAUGGAAUUUCAAAGAUGUACAUUGUUUAUUCUUGAUGUCUUACAUUACCAUGCGACUGGUAUGAGGUCUUAAUCAUUCUUGGUGCAGCUAAAUGGAUAUUUCCUCUUACUUGAAGACUCACAACACCCCAAAAUUAUGUUUUUACUACUCAAACAAACAAUGUGGAACCUUUAUCAAGAAGAAUUUAUCUUUAAUGUUUAAAUGUUCACACUCUAAAAAGUCCAUACGCAGAGAAGUCAUAAAGUGUAUUGUAGCCUUUAUUUGUAACUUUGAGAGCGUACCUGAGUUGUUAUAUAUAAUCUUUUUAGGUGGAGGUCGAUCUAAUUCUAUUUCUUUUUAAUUUCAAAUUAAUUUUGGAUCUUGACACACUAUGAAAAUAUGAUUUUAAUUUUGUUUUUUCCGUUUCGUUGGCGAUCAGCCAUGCACAAAGAAGACGAAAGACCUCAUGCUUGGCUGAUCGUCAACGAAACGGGGUUAAGUCUUUUGUCAACUCUGUUUGUUGCUACGGCAGGCAACAAGUGAAACCGAAUUCAUGUAAUCAAAUUAUGGGAAUGCAAGCAUUACUUUAAACAAACGGAACUUUGUUAUGCCUAUGCCUAGCUCAUUUUUUCUGAUUGAGAUGUCAUAUGAAAGGGCAGAAAAUGAACUUUAUUAUAAAUGUGAUUUUCUCUUUGAAAUUCAGAUACCGUCCGCCAAAUUACUUUUUGGUAUCCUCUCUUUAAAUUGUUUUGAAUCACUCAUGCGUGAAAUGUGCAUCAUAUGAAAGAGGAGGAUCUAAGCUUUACACAUGUGUCAUUUCUUAAUUAUAAUUGUGAUUAAGUAUUGAUAAAACAUCGAUAAUUCUUAUUUGGGACGUACUGUAUAUAUAAAAUAUUAUAUAAAGUAUAAAUAAAAUGGAUGUAAGUGACUAAUAAGUGACCAUUUAGAUAUUGAAUAUUAUGAUAACUAUAAAAAAAAAAUCACAAUAAUAUACAAGGUAAUUUUCCAUUUACCAUACAGUAUGAUAACAUUCCAUUUACCCUAGAGUAUGAUAACAUUCCAUUUAUCAUUAAUUAAAUGUCUACAAAAUGCUCAGUCCACCUCAUAUUAUCAAUGAAGAAAAAACAUCUUCAGUUUACACAUCUUCACUUAAAAUAAAGAAAUAGAGUAUGACAUAUCUCCUGAUUAGUGAAUCCAAAAUUUCGGUUAGUCGAAAUGUUACAACUCGGUGAUAAUCAAGCUUUAAAUUUGAAAUCUCGAGUUUGUGGUAGACGAUGUUAAAACCAGAGUUGGUAGAAUACUAUAGUUUAACAGCUGCUGGGCACCAUUUUGUUGCUAUAGCUCAAAACAUUCGAUAACAAAUAACUCGGAAGUUGCGGGCUAUAUAAUUCGAUUUCAAGAAUAUAGUUUGUCAUGUUUUGCAGCAAUCCUUUCCAUAACAUAAUACCUAAUAAAAUAAAUAAAUUAUUUUUUAAACAAAAUGAAUUCAAACUGAAAGUAUAUUUAGAUACACUCCCCUUACUUACAUAUUUAACUAUAGAUACAUACUGAUCAUCGAUCUAGUAAUAAUUGAUUUAUUCAUAACAUUUGAGAUUCCUUCAAUUCAGUAUAUUACCGAACAUGUUUGUUUAGAAAAAAAAACACACACAGAUAAUAAAUCAAAUGAAUCAAGUUUUCUUUUAAAGUGCAGCGGCUUUGACCUAUGGCAUUGACAACUCGAGAUAUUAAUGCUGAACUGUUAUUCAGAUCAUGUCUAUCCUAAUCUACAAAUGAAAUACAAUCGCAAGUACUGAUUAUGCAUUUUUAACAUGUUUUCUGUGUUCAUUUUAUUUUUUCAAAUAAAAUGUACAUUUAU